AUGGAGAGGAAUGAUCCGUUGCUACCUUUUGCAUAUAGCACAUCCUCCAAAAAUGAAAGAUUUGCUUUGAACACUGAUCCAAGAGAGAAGUAUGUCCGAGAUCAAAAUGCUAGUAGUAUGUAUCACACCAGAAGUACGCAAAAGGACGAAGAUCAGCCAGGAGAGUCUCCUCAAUUAAGGGGCCCGGUGCUUUUAUCGGUUCCCUCGAUUAAGAGAAAGAUGGGCGAGAGCUUCACAGAGAAAGACGAUGUCAAGAGAAUGGACUAUGACUUUUUCACGGGAACACCGAAUGAUCAGGUUCAAACUGAUUCAUCAAAUGAACGGCAGACAAUCCAAUUGAUGGAACCCUUGGUAUCAGGUGGAGUAGAAGCUCGCGCUGUUGCAGAAUCUUCCUCAAUCCUUCCAAGUAGUCCUCCUGUUGUGAACCCGGUUUCCGAAUAUGACCUAUCUACACAUGAGGUGACUGUCCCAGAUUCACCGGUUCUGACACCGAAAGCAUUCAAUUUGGAGACUUCUCCUAUCAAGAGACUGCAAGUACAGAGCUCUGAGGCUGAUUUUGGCAUUGACCAGUUUAAUAGGUUCAAAUUCUCUUCUUUAGCACAAAGCUCGUCAGUGCAUCAAAGCGAGGAGCUGAGCAAUCGAAAUUUAGGAUCUAGCUUCAAUGAAGCAAGACAAAUAAUUCAAACAUCUUUUGAAAAUAUUCACACAUCCGUCUCUUUGGCCCACAUGCAACUUGAAGAUAUUCCUGACGAAAUCAAAGACUUGAACAACUUAGUAAUUUUCGAGAAUUCUGGUCAUGUCAUGAGACAGCUUUAUUUGAACAAUAAUAAUUUGAGCAUGUUGAACCCAAACUUAUUCCAAUUCACGAAAUUGAAUGUUCUCAGUUUACGUCAAAACAAACUUAUUUUUAUUCCUAGUUCUAUUGAGAACCUCGUCGAUUUGCGUGAUUUGAAUCUUAGUAUCAACGAACUACGACACUUGCCACCGCAGAUUCUUCAUUUGUCCAAGCUUCACACAUUUAGGGCUGGUCCCAAUCCAUUUGUCGAAGUUUAUGACAAUGCAACUGAAAUAGAACUGAGUGAUCUGCGAUAUGAAAAAGGAUUACGGUGGGUUUCUCCGAUAAAGAUCAAACGUGAAACUAGCCAGGUACCCACAUUGAAAGCAUUGUGUCUCAACACAAUAGCUACUUAUGAUGUGACGUACCGAGAGACUAAACAUUGGAAGAAGUCAGUCCCCAAGUUGUAUCACCCCAUAAUUGCUCUCACGAUCUCCAAAGGAAAGUUCAACGAGAGGUGUAAUGAGUGCGACCUCAUUGUUGUUGAGCCAUACGCUACCGUGUACGAAUGGUGGAAUAUUUUGCUGAACAAAAGCAUUCCAAUCAAGAGAAAGUUUUGUUCCGGUAAGUGUGUUUCUAAAUACAAUGCUGUCUGA